AUGUAUCGUAAGUCGGCGUCUGCCUCUCCAUUUGCCGGUCUCACUGGGGCUGAAAAAAGUUUCCAUGAAGCGGUAGGCUGGGAUGCCUGCUGGUCUGCGAAGGAUGUGGCCAAAAAGGCUCCAUCGGCUGCGAAGCAAGUGAAAUUGGAGUGGCUCAGUCUGGGUACGGUCGUAGAGCAUGGCACUGGAGAUCGUGUCUGGAUAACGUACGCCAAUCACUUUGCGGAGCUGUUGAUGAUGGAAACUUUUGAGGCCGUAUAG